ACAGGAAAGAAUUCCAUCCUCCCGCUUGGUGUCAUUGGCCACUGCUCGCCCCACCCCAUUGCCCCUCCUGUCGCCUUCCGCCAGGCUUUUUGGGAAGUGGGUAAAAGGAACCGUCAAGGCCAAAGCAUGGGCCUCUGGCCACCUCCCAGGGAGUGGUGCCCUUCUGUGAUACCUGUGCUGGGGCAUGAGGAAGAGACAGUUUCAGCCACGCAGAGAAGGUGGCAGGUGGACCAAAGGGGGGCUGACAGCCUGCCAAGCACCAGGGUCCGCUGUGUUCCCUCCCUAGGCAUUGGUCACUAAGUGACCACAAGGCUGUGGUGGCACUGGUAGCAGAGGAUGCCCUGGGCCCUGGAGCAUGCGGAUGGCAGCUGGUCCUGGGUGGUACUUCUGGCCUCCCUGAUAACCCAAGCUAUCACGGCAAGCUUCCCCACCUGUAUUGGCGUCUUCUUCAAUGAUCUGCAACGUGACUUCCAGGCCAGCAGCAGCGAAACUUCCUGGUUCCCCUCCAUCCUGGGAGCCACGAUCCAAGCUGGGGGCCCCCUGUGCAGCUUCCUGGUGGAGCGCUAUGGCUGCCGAGCGACUAUGAUGCUGGGCGGCGUGCUGGCCAGCCUGGGCAUGGUGGCCAGCUCCUUCUGCCGCUCCCUCAGCCAGCUCUUCCUCAUAACCGGAAUGAUCACAGGCCUUGGCAUGAGCUUCAGCUUCCAGUCCAGCGUCACGGUGCUGGGCUUGUACUUCAUCCGCCGGCGGCCGCUGGCCAAUGCACUGGCCUCCAUAGGCAUCUCCCUGGGCUUCACCGUCUGGUCCCCAUUCGCCCGCUACCUCUUGGAGAACCUGGGCUGGAGGGGCUCCUUCCUUAUCUUCGGGGGGGUCUUCCUCCACUGCUGCGUCUGUGGGGCCAUCAUCAGGCCUGUAGCCACCAAUGUCCCUGAGACCAAGGAAGAUCCCCCUCCCCGUUCCAAGACACCAGCGCAAGGCUGCCUGGCAGAGUAUGGCUCAGCCAUCCAGCACCACCUGGCCUUUGACAUCCUGCGGCACAAUAUGGGCUACUGUAUCUACACGCUGGGUGUGACAUGGAUGUUCAUGGGUUUCUCGCUGCCACAUAUCUUCCUGGUGCCAUAUGCCAUGAGGUAUGGAGUGGAGGAGUACCAGGCAGCCAUGCUCAUCUCCAUCUUCGGCUUCUGCAACAUCUUCCUUCGGCCCGUGGCGGCACUGGUAAUCGGCCGGCCGUACUUUGCCUGCUACCGCAAGUACUUGUUCACCCUGGCAGUCCUGCUCAACGGGGUCACCAACCUGGUGUGCACAAUGUCGGCCAACUUCUGGGUGCUGGUAGGCUACUGCCUGGUGUACAGUGUGUCCAUGUGUGGCAUAGGCAUCUGCCUCUUCCAGGUCCUUAUGGAACUUGUCCCCAUCAACCGGUUCCCCAGUGCCCUGGGGCUCUUCUCCAUCAGUACUGGCAUUGCUGCCCUCAUCUCCCCACCAAUGGCUGGCUUCCUGCUGGACACCACCAGCAACUUCGCCUAUAUUUUCUACAUGUCAAGCUUCUUCCUCAGCUCAGCAGCACUCUUCAUGGCUGGAGGCUUCUAUUACCUGCAGAAGAAGGAGCAGAAAGGCAGGCAACCCAAGGCAGAAGGAGCCAUCUCAGAGACCAGCCCAGUGCACGGGCCUACCCCCGACGGCAAGGACAGUCCCAGGAAACAGCCACUCCUUGAGAUCGUGACCAGUGUCUGAGGCCUGCUCUGAGAGUGACAUUUCUUCCAGCCAGCAGAAUCCAGGAGCAGGCCUUUCUGGCUUUCUUCAUUGGGUCCGGGAAGGUGUCUCUGAGCCCUGCUGGGGGCCGUGAUGGCAAGCUCAGCUUGGCGAGUGCUUACUGUAGCUGCUAUGCCCCAACACACUGGACCUUCCCAUCCAACCUGCGGCCCUCCACCAUCCACUGUCCUGUCCUUCUGUGGCCUCAAGACCGUUCUAAAAGAGAGUACACUUCCUCCAGGGGCAUAAGCGAUCGACCUUGAACUGUAGGACAACCAAGACUGUGGGUGUGGCUGCGCCACACAAGAGGCUGAUCUCACACUGACUGGAACCCUGGGAGGAGCAGCAGCAGAAGGGCAGGCUGGGAAGUUGGCCAGAACGUGGGCUGGGGACAAAUUGAAGGUCAGGUGGAUCACCUGCCUGCCCUUGGCAGGAAGGAAGUCCUCGGCUUGGGUCUCCAAAUCUGGGAAGUGUGAGGAGUCCCUUGGUACCUCAGCAGGGACUGCUCCAGGGUCUUCUCUGUCUCACUCACUGGGACCCAAGGAAGCCAGAUGUUUGACUGACCAAGGGAAGGGAAGGGUUGCUAAACAGCCCAAGUACCAUGUUGAAAACAAGACUACAUUUGCAAUAGAAGCCCUGUGCUCCCCUCCUGGCCUGCUAAGGCCUUUCCCCCUACUGUGUUAUAAGUGUCAGCCCUAUAAUCCCAACACUUGGGAGGCUGAGGCAGGAGGAUCACUGUGAGUUUGAGGCCAAUCUGGGCUACAUAAUGAGCUCAAGGACAACAUGAACUACAAGAGA